UAUAUUUCUACAUCAUAAUCGAGGGGAAAAUGGAGUUGGAUUUAACACCGAAAAGAGAAAUAGCAUUGUACGAGGGAGAUGGUGGUGGUUACUACGUUUGGUCGAGUUCUCAAAUGUCGGUGUUAGCUUCUACCAAUGUUGGUGCUUGUCGCCUUUUGCUUAAACCUCGAGGAUUUUGUCUUCCUCAUUAUGCUGAUAUCUCUAAAGUAGGUUAUGUUAUUCAAGGGACUGAUGGUGUAAUUGGGUGUGUGCUCCCCAACACCACAAAAGAAAUUGUUUUGAAGCUUAAGCAAGGAGACAUCAUACCUUUACCUAUUGGAACCGUUUCAUGGUUGUACAAUGAUGGUGCCUCAGACCUUGACAUUAUUUUAUUUGGUGAUACUUCAACCGCUCAUGUUCCAGGCGAAUUCAACUAUUUUUUUCCAACAGGAAUUUUAGCAAGUUUUUCCAAUGAACUCAUUAGCAAAGUGUAUCAUUUGAACAAAGAUGAAACAUACAAGCUAACAACAAGCCAAACUGAACCUUUGGUAUCCAAGCUAGAAAAAGCCCAACCCAUUCCUAAGCCCCAAAUGGACAUGACUAAAAAAUUAGUCCAUAAUAUUGAUGCUACAAAGCCCAAAAUUGAAGUCCAAAAUGGUGGAUCAAUAACAAUUUUAUCGGAGUCAAGUUUCCCUUUUAUUGGGAGUGCUGGGUUAAGUGUGAUUAAAGUUAAACUCGAACCUAAUGCUAUUAAGGCACCAUCUUAUUUAGUAGACCCUGCAGUAAAAUUAAUUUAUAUUGCUAGAGGAUAUGGAAAGAUUGAAAUUGUUGGUUUGAAUGGAAAACGUGUAUUGGACACUCAAGUGAAGGCUGGUCAUUUAAUUGUUGUACCAAAGUUAUUUGUAGUUGCUAAAAUUGCUGGAGAAGAAGGAAUGGAGACUUACUCUUUUGUGACAACUACCAAGCCUUCAAGUGGAGAGUUAGUUGGCACGACAUCAAUUUGGGGAGCCUUAUCACCAAUAGUUCAACAAGUUUCUCUUAAUGUGAAUUCUGAAUUUCAAAAAAGUUUCAUAUCCAAGACCAACAAAACUACAACGAUCAUUCCAGCUAAAAAUUAGUAUGACUUGUUUUUAUUAUCUUAUCUUUUCAUAUGGAAUGUUAUUUUAAGUUAUCUUCAUGUCGAUUAACAAAAGUUAUAAAUAAAUGGAGGAGUGCAAUAAUUUUAUAAAA